UAAAUAAUCUCAACCGUCCGAUCUUAUCCAUCUCCUACAUCCACAAAAAUAUAUAUAGCUGUCAACCUGCAAAUCUUUGAACCUUUAGCAUUCGCUCCACUAAAGCAGAGAGAAGAAAGGAGGAGGAGAAAAGAAAAAAGAGAAGAUGGCUCGUACCAAGCAAACUGCUCGUAAGUCUACAGGAGGAAAGGCACCUAGGAAGCAACUUGCUACUAAGGCUGCUCGUAAGUCUGCUCCUACUACCGGUGGAGUGAAGAAGCCUCAUAGAUACCGCCCUGGUACUGUUGCUCUUCGUGAAAUCCGUAAGUACCAGAAGAGUACUGAACUCCUGAUCAGGAAGCUCCCAUUCCAGAGGCUUGUUCGUGAAAUUGCUCAGGAUUUCAAGACUGAUCUGCGUUUCCAGAGUCAUGCUGUGUUGGCUCUGCAGGAGGCUGCUGAGGCUUACUUGGUUGGUCUCUUCGAGGACACAAAUCUUUGUGCCAUUCAUGCCAAGCGUGUCACCAUUAUGCCAAAGGACAUUCAGCUCGCUAGGCGUAUCAGGGGCGAGCGUGCUUAAAUUGAUCAAGUGUGGUAGCUCUGUUGGUGAUUUUAGAUCUUUUUGUUAAAGACAGUGAUGGUAUUAAAAUUUAGUAGUAGGGAUGAUGUGCUAUGUUGAUCUUAUUUUGUGUGGUGGAUGGAGGUGUGCUGUAAUUGUUGUUCUGUUUUGGGAGGUGGAGAAGCAUAGUAUUUGUUGAAUCUUUCUAAUGUUUUGUUGUCACACCACUGGUGUUGAACAAGUUUCAGAAUUUGCAUCUAAUGUUUAGUUCAACUGUUUGGUAUU